UGAACCAUAACAUUGCAUACUACAAUAGUAUUUGUGUUUCAACAAUUAAAAGUUUGAUGGCGGAUAAUAAUAGGUUGUCUGAUACAACACCCAUUUUUAGUCAUGAUGAAGAUGAUAACACAACACCGGAAAUUAAAGAAGAGAAGUUCAAGAAAGAUAUUAUUUGUCAGGAAAAAGGUUCAGAUCAACUGAAUAGCUACAAGGAGUUCCGAAAGAGGGUAAAAUUGUUGUCUCAUAUUAAACUGAAACGAGCAGGUGGCUACUUCCACCAUAUUGUCGUGUUGGCAAUCUCUUCGGUAUCUGAUGGGGUAGAUGCUGUCACUAUCGGACAUUACACAACCUCUGCUGAAAUAGGGACGGAGAGUAGUCAUGGCAUCGGUAAAUUCAUACAGCAGACGAUCUUCAUUGGAGAAAACGAUACACACGACAUUUUAGACUUUAACCAGGGUGUGUAUUUAAUUGAGAAGGAGAACUACCCAAGGACAAAAGAUGAAAUUGAGGAAGCUUUUAAUCGUCUCAGCGAAAGAAUUGGUGAGAGAAUGUAUGAAAUAUCAUCAAAUAAUUGUGAGCAUGCGAUCAACUAUAUUUUAACCGGAAAGAGUGUCAGUUAUCAAGCAGACACAAAAACUUGCUCCAGGAUCUGUUUUAUUGAUUUGAUCAAUAUUUUAUUAAUAGACUGUAAAGAAGUAGGACUCAAAACAGCUUUGUUAGUAGCUGCCCUCGGUGCCAUUGCUGGUGCAUUGGUGCGUAGAGCUUACAUAAAAGUAAUUGUUGCAGCUAUUGUCAGCCUUACCGUCGAAAGUAGAAUUAUUAAAUGUGGGGACAAAAGAGGAAGCAAUAUACGCAAAGAAGCGGAUAUCAGAAUAGACUUAGCUGCUCAUAUGCCCGAUAUCAAACGUGUUCUUAGCAACUCAAGUAUUGCUAUCCUUGACGACAUGAAGAAUCACACUGAUACGAAUUUUGUUUGUAACAUUGCAGAGAAACUUAUCUAUGGAUCAGCUCUGAAGACGAGUUUGGCGACUGUAACUGUCGCUACAGGAAUAGAAACUAUAUUAUUUUUGUCUUUCGUAUUUUACAAUUUAAUUUCAAGGCGACGAAAGAAAACAUUAGAUGACAAACAUCUUUGUCGGCUUCUGUUCAUGCAAUUUUUUUCCGGAUACGGCUCGAUAGGAAUUGCUGUAGUUUGUGGAUAUUUCGCAUUUUUAGACUUUAAUCGUCCUGCAUUAUCUUUCUUUGGAAUUGUAUUUAGCUGUUGUCUUGUUUUUCGAUAUUUAUUGACUUGCACUACAGGUUUGAUCUUUAACGUCUGCUGUCGUCAGUGUUGCUGGAUAUGUUGCCAGUCAAGUUGUUGUAAAUGUUUCGAGGCCUGUUGUCGUUGUAGAUGUUAUAGGUGUCAUUUAAGUACCUUUUGUUUUAUUUUUCUUACUUCAUUAAUCAUUAUAUCUGUUGCUUUACUUUUUAUUGUGUUUUGGGACGAUCGUUCAAAACUACGGAUUUAAGUCGGAGACUGAAUGUUGAAGAAAGAAGGAGUGAGGGUGGGGCCGAAAAUGAAGUUUCACAAACUGCAAGAAUGCAGCUGUUAAGAACAGAAUCAUUGUACUUAAAAUAAAAGUUUACUUUGUUAAAAUUCUCUGAAUUCAAAUACCUUAACUGUAAAUAUAAAUCAGGCUUUUGCGUUAGCUUUUUCUUUUAAGAUUUAUCAGACUUUACGUAUUAUUUUAUUAUGCAUGGGUAGUAUCCUAUUAAAUUGGCAAAUGUUUGAUCUGUCGAGCUGAAAAUUGAUACUACAGAAAGUAAUAGAAAGUACAACAGAAAUACAAAACAUUCUCUAGAAAUUGUAUUUUCCAGGAAAUGUCUUAUGCGGAAACACGUCUGUCCGACAACAAACACAAAUAACACAUGCAUUAUGCAGUAAGACAUAUUAGAAAUACUUAUCUAUAGUUUACCUGUACUGUCUAUGACUUGCCAUUUGAAGUACAAAAAUUCAUUUCAGUACUGUGAGCCUGCGUUCAGUGACUGCGAGCAUUCUUUGGAACGGAAUCAUUGUUUACCUAUCAUGUUUCUGUUGCCUGUAGAGUUAAGUCCUUUUUAUUUUGUGUUCUUUUCAUGAAAGUAUUGAUAGUACAUCGAUUUUUAAAAGGAAAAUAGUUUAGAUCUCAAACAGGUCAUAUGUAUGUCCCAAGCUAGGAACCAUAUCAGUAGUUGAAAAAUGUCAUAUCUUAAUACUUUUCGUUAUUUGGAGAAUUGGGCUUACUGGCAAAUCUUUAAUUGAUUCUGUGUAUGUAUUCACAACUUUUACAGACUCGGGGGGGUAUAGAAAUCUGUCUAUGUUGAAGAAUGUAUGUGACCCGAUAUAUGUCUUUUGGUUAUUUUGUCGUUGGUUUGCUGUCUCAAUUUGAAUUUAUUUCAACGCUGAUAUUGAGUUUGCAUUGGAUUGAUUUUCGGCUAAGAUAAAUUUGAAUAUAUGGUUGCCUAUAUUGAAAUAUGAUUGUAUUACAAUAAUGAGAUGUGGUAUGAUUGCAAAUGAGACAACUAUCCACCAACGUAUGUGUAUGUUAGCAACAACAGGUCAUCGUGUGGCCUUAAUAAUAAGCAAAACCCAUAACAGCAACAAAAGCCAGCCACUUAGUUACAGGCUUGUAGUUUGAUUGUUUCUUAAAGUUUUAUUGUUUAAAUUUGCUUGCCUUUUGUUUUGUCUUUGUUUUAUACAACAUUAAAAGUUUGUAUACGUCACAUACAAAAAAUGCUCAUGUA